AUGGAAUCUGAGGUGCAGAGACAAGAUGAUGAGAAUGACAAAAUGUUGAAGCUUGUUCAACAACAAAAGGUGAAUGACAUAAAGAGAAAAAAGCAAACAUGGUUAUACUGUCCUAUAGGGACAAGGAGGAGGCAACAGGAGAUUCAAGAGCUUGAGGCAAAAGUGAAGGCUAUGGAGCAUGUGGGAGAUGAUGCUUCUGUUCAUAAACAAUUCCUAGAUAUGUAUGUGCAGCUGAAGGAGAAGAUUGAGGACAUCCUAUCCACCGAGGAAGUAUGUGCAAUUUUGGUCGCUAGAGACCGGAAAACCAGUGAUGAGCUUCAAAACGCUCGGAGAGAGCUGAUUUUGAGCUUUUGUAAGAUGGGCGAACGUAAUCGUGGUCGUAUUGGGAUUAAAAGAAUGGGUGAACUUGAUCCAGAAAUUUUCGAAGAACAAUGCAAGCUGAAAUUCCCUGAUGACUAUGAAGUUGCGCCGCCUGGGGGACGAUAG